CUCCAAGAGUCCAAGACAUCAUGGCAAGCAUUAGGACCGUGAAAGGAUUGGUCGGCAUUGUGACAGGUGGCGCCUCCGGGCUGGGGCAAGCCACUGCACAGCGGCUUGUCCAGCAGGGCGCGAAGAUCGUCGUCUGUGACCUGCCGGGCUCUAAAGGUCAAGACAUCGCUGAUAAGCUUGGUCCAAAUGCUACCUUCGCACCAACAGAUGUGACGUCGGAGACGGACGUGAAGAAGGCGAUCGAGACGGCGAAGGGGAUGUUCGGACGACUAGACAUGGCGGUCAGCUGCGCGGGAAUCGGCGUCGCUUUCAAGACGUACAACUUCAACAAGCAGCUGCCGCACAGUCUCGCGGACUUCCAGCGCGUGCUGGUGGUGAACAUGGUGGGCACGUUCAACGUGAUCCGGCUCCCCUCUCUCCCUCUGUGA